GAGGAGGAGGAGAUCGGUACCCACGGAAAGACAGUACCUUACGGAGCGGAGCGACCGAGGAGUUCUCCGUUCUUAUCUCAGGUCGCGGCAGCGCUGGAGGAACAUCUUGAGCAUCCUGAGCAUCUAGAGCAUCCUGAACAUCCUGAGCAUCAGUUCCUGACCUCUCCGAGGAGAUGCAGCUGUGAAAGGUGCGGGGAAGCGGCGGGAAGCGGCGUGAAGCGGCGGAUCGGCCACGUAACCACACGGGGCUCCUAUAAAUAAGCGCACGGGAGGGCAGCGCGCGUCGUUGCGCAGAGCGCGUCCGCAGCGAGCGCGCGGCUCAAGGGGCUGCGCUCCGCCCGGUGAUGGGUCCCCCCCGCCUGCUGCUCUGCUUCCUCGCCAUCGUCCAAAGAAACCUUGCGGCCGACACUGAGGAGCGGCUGGUCGAGCACCUUCUUAAUCCCUCCCGUUACAACAAAUUGAUUCGUCCGGCCCUCAAUAGAUCGGAACUUGUGACGGUGCAGCUCAUGGUGUCCCUGGCCCAGCUUAUCAGUGUGCACGAGCGAGAGCAGAUCAUGACCACAAAUGUGUGGUUGACACAGGAGUGGCAGGACUACAGGUUGACGUGGAACCCAGAGGAGUAUGAUGGGAUGCUGAAGGUCAGACUGCCCUCUAAACACAUCUGGCUGCCUGAUGUGGUGCUCUACAACAAUGCCGAUGGGAUGUACGAGGUGUCCUUCUUCUCCAACGCUGUGGUCUCCCAUGACGGCAGUGUCUUCUGGCUCCCGCCAGCCAUCUACAAGAGUGCCUGCAAGAUUGAGGUGAAGCACUUCCCCUUUGAUCAGCAGAACUGCACCAUGCGCUUCCGCUCCUGGACCUACGACCGCACUGAGAUCGACCUCGUGCUGAGGUCGGACGUGGCCAGUAUGGAUGACUUCACACCCAGUGGUGAGUGGGACAUUAUCUCUUUGCCAGGGCGACGCAAUGAAAACGCAGCUGACCCCGCCUACGUGGACAUCACCUACGACUUCAUCAUCCGGCGCAAACCUCUCUUCUACACCAUCAACCUGAUCAUCCCCUGUGUCCUCAUCACCUCACUGGCCAUUUUGGUUUUCUACCUACCCUCUGACUGUGGCGAGAAGAUGACGCUCUGCAUUUCUGUGCUGCUGGCACUGACUGUUUUCUUGCUGCUCAUUUCCAAGAUUGUGCCGCCCACCUCGCUGGAUGUCCCUCUCGUGGGCAAGUACUUGAUGUUCACCAUGGUUCUCGUGACCUUCUCCAUCGUGACCAGCGUGUGUGUGCUCAACGUGCACCACCGCUCACCUACCACACACACCAUGCCCAUGUGGGUUCGCCUGGUCUUCCUUGACAAGCUGCCCGCUCUGCUGUUCAUGCGCCAGCCCCGCAGGACCUGUGAGCGGCAGCGUCUUCGCCGAGUACGCCAAGCCCGGGAGCGGGCAAGCCUGGGGGAGGAGUCAGGCCCUGCCACUGAGGACGGGAGUGUCCCAGUAGAGGAUAGCGACCCCUGCACCUGCUAUGUCAACCAGGCUUCAGUGAAGCAGCUCGGGGGAGAACUGGGGGGCGCCGGGGGUCUAAAUGGAAUGAGGGCGGGGCAAGAUGGCAUGUCCAAGGCCCAACCUGCAGGGAAACAAGCUCCCAUCCUAACACAUACCUUGCUGACAAAGGCCUGUCCCGGCUUGGAAGAGGCAGUAGAAGGUGUACGUUUCAUCGCUGGCCACAUGAAGAGUGAGGACGAUGACCAGAGUGUGAUUGAGGACUGGAAGUAUGUCGCCAUGGUCAUCGAUCGACUCUUCCUCUGGAUCUUUGUGUUCGUCUGUGUCUUCGGCACAAUUGGCAUGUUCCUGCAGCCUCUUCUACAGAACUACACCGCCAAGACCCUCCCCCCGGCUCCAGGCUGACCAGCAGAAUAUGUGCCAUGUGGUGGAUGCUUCCAAUGCCUAAUCCCCAUCAACGGACAAGUUUAGCACAAAUAUUCAGCUAGGCUGAUUGACAGCCUACGAUUAUAGUUUAUUUAAAGAACUCAGCUUCAAGGAAUUUGAAUGAAUUUCGUAGUAUUGUUUUUUUAUGUUAAAGCAACAUCUUAUCAAGUCCCUGUACCUUAUCCCCCUUUCAUUUUUUAAAGACAACAAUAUAAUCCAAUCUGGAAGGCUUCAUGCUUACAUAAGGCCAGUCAGACACAUUUGUUUUUUUCUGUGCACACAGUGUUAUGGAAAGUAAAACCCAACUUGAAAUGGCUACAGAACUUAUUGUUGAUGAUUUUUGAUUGUCAAAUCUACUAGCAAACUGCCUUGUGA